UGGUCUGUGGUGUGAUGUUUAUUUACUGUACUUGGAAAUGCAUCAAAAUUUUGUUGUGGUUGUGCAAUAUUUAACACAUAUUCAAUAUUUCCUGAAUAAAUCAUCUGAAGCACAAUUAUGGCCGAAUUUUUAGCAUAAAUGAUUCAGUUUAACCUUAAGUGUUGAGGUAUUAUCGUGAAAUUUGUGUAUUUAGUCUAUUUAACCCCUUUCCAUCAGUAUGAUGAAGAAAAUUUAUUCAAGCACUCCAAUACAAAGUGUGAAGGUCGAGGAAGUUGGCCCCAGUGAAAAAAAACUAGCAUAUUAUGGAGUAAUACUUGCGUUGUGUGUUAUUGCAACAAAAUUGUACUUUCUGAAUGAGGAACAUAUAAAGAGGUUCAUUUUUGAGACCAAACUCAUAACAUAUGAACAAGUAGUGACAGACGGAGAAAUUAUGCUAACCUAUGCCUGGAAAACUUCUAUAAGAUACAGUCGUUAUUGGAUAUCAUUACUUUGUGGUGCCCUUGUUACUUACUUCACUUGGUUGAUGGUUUAUCUAGAUUCGAAAGAUCCUGGGAACGUACCUCCAAGUCCAUUUUCACCAAAGCAGAAGUACUCUUAUAUACCUGUAUUUCAUCUAAAUUAUGCUUUUGGUUUAUUGAUGGGUAUUUUAGUAGCUUCUUUUUGUUAUAUUAAGGGAUUCUCUCUAGAGUAUUGAUCUAAGUAUUCGUUGUAUGCAAAUCAAAGUCUUUGACUGCAAACAAAUUUUUGAGGGAUAACAAUAUUUUGAACUGAUAUUCAGUUCUUAAAUUUUUUUAAGUAAUUUAUUAACAUUUAAUAUAUUUCUUUCCACAAGCUUAUUAGCUCUAGAUAACAGGGAACUCAUCACGUUUAUAUUUAUUUGUCCAAUGAUGUUUUUAUUAGGAAGGUUGUUGCUUAUUUUUUAGACUAAUAUAUCGCUGAAAUUUUUAUAUUCUACUUGGGUUUGUUCCAGACAUCGAUCUUAUAAAGAUUGAAACUGCA